GGGCGCAGGCGCGGCUCGGGCUGGGCGCUCCCGGCGCUGCCGUAAAGCGGCGCCGCGGCGGCUCCGGGAGGCAGCGGGUAACAAAACCCAAACAAACCAAAAAUCACACAAGGACAGAGUUCACUGAAAUGUGAGAAUGGCCAAUUCUUUAAGAGGUGAAGUGAAAAAACUGUACAAAAAUCUGCUGUACCUUGGAAGGGAGUAUCCCAAAGGAGCAGACUACUUCAGAAGCCGUUUGAAAGCAGCUUUUCUAAAAAACAAAGAUGAGACAGACCCUGAAAAAAUUAAGCAACUGAUUGCCCGGGGAGAAUUUGUUAUAAAGGAGCUGGAGGCUUUGUACUUCCUGAGGAAAUACCGAGCCAUGAAGCAGCGCUACUACAGCGACGACAACCCCUGACUGUGCCUGUAACCACACACACCCAGGAAAGGCAUCGCUAGUUCAAGAACCAACAGUCAAAGAAUACUGGCACUUUAAGAGGAAUGAAGUUUCCACUGUCAUUUAAAACAAGCAUUCAGGUAAAGCUAACAGGAUCAUGAAGCAGAAAGUAAAGUAAUGCUAAAACAAAUGCUAAUAAUUUAGUGUAAUGUACAAAAUUACUUCAGUACUUCUUAAGAAUAAGGAUAAAUUGUAUUUACAUAAUUAUA